AUGGGUUUACUCUCAUUUCUCCUGUUUCCACAAUUUCUCUCACUUUUAUGGAGAUUAGUCAUUGUUAAUGCUGAUUUUCCAACGACACUUGAAGGACCAUUCAAGCCAGUGACAGUUCCUUUUGAUAACAAGACGUAUCAUGGCAAUGCCAUUGACUUGCCAGACACCGACCCUCAAGUUCGAAGGACUGUUCAGGGUCUUGAGCCUGAACAAGUCUCUGUAUCUUUAUCUUCUGAUUAUGACUCUGUUUGGAUCUCUUGGACUACAGGGGAUUCCCAAAUUGGUGAUGACAUAAAACCAUUAGAUCCUGAAUCAGUUUAUAGUUUUGUACAAUAUGGAAUGGCAGGGUCUCCAAUGAGCUAUGAGGAAGUAGGAUAUUCACUUGUUUACAAUCAACUUUACCCUUUCGAAGGGCUUGAAAACUACACUUCUGGCAUUAUACACCACGUUCGCCUGACAGGGUUGGAACCAAGCACACUAUAUCAAUAUCGAUGUGGAGAUCCUUACAUAUCAGCAAUGAGUGAUGUGUUAUAUUUUAGGACUAUGCCCCCAUCCAGUCCUACAAAUUACCCCCAUCGAAUAGCAGUGGUGGGAGACCUAGGUCUUACACGCAAUACAAGUACAACACUCAGUCAUUUACUCAGCAACCAUCCAGAUCUUCUUGUUUUGGUCGGAGGUUUAAGUUAUGCUGACAUGUAUCUCACUAAUGGAACUGGACACAAUUGUUACUCUUGCUCACUUGAUCGAACUCCCAUCCGCGAGACAUACCAGCCUCGCUGGGAUUAUUGGGGAAGGUUUAUGCAACCUCUAGUAGCUAAUGUUCCAACCAUGGUGGUAGGAGGGAAGCAUGAGAUAGAACCGCAAGCUGGAGAUCAGAUUUUUGUCUCUUACAGUUCUCGAUUUGCAUUCCCGUCUGAAGAAAGUGGAUCAUCAUCCUCAGCGUACUAUUCUUUCAAUGCCGGAGGGAUACAUUUUGUGAUACUAAAUCCCUAUAUUUAUUAUGACAAAUCAUCUGAUCAAUACGAGUGGUUGGAACGAGAUCUGUAUAAUGUUGACAGGAAAGUGACCCCAUGGUUGGUGGCUGCUUGGUAUCCUCCUUGGUACAGCACAUUCAAGGCACAAUACAGAGAAGCGGAAUGUAUGAGAGUGGCAAUGGAGGACUUGCUCUAUGAGUAUCGUGUAGACAUAGUAUUCAAUGGACAUGUGCAUGCAUACGAGAGGUCAAACCGAGUAUAUAACUACUCUUUAGAUCCAUGUGGUCCGGUUUAUAUCACAGUUGGUGAUGGUGGAAGUCGAGAGGACAUAGCAGUUGCCCAUGCCGAUGACCCUGACGAGUGUCCAGAGCCAUCCACCACACCAGACGUAGAUAUCGGUGGCUUCUGUGGAUUCAAUUUUACAUCAGGCCCUGCUGCUGGUAGCUUUUGCUGGGACAGGCAGCCUGAGUACAGUGCCUACAGAGAGAGCAGCUUUGGUCAUGGGAUAUUAGAGGUGAAAAAUGAGACUCAUGCUUUAUGGAGUUGGCAUCGCAACAGAGACUUCUAUGAAAUUGCUGGAGAUAUCCUCUACAUAGUUAGGGAACCUGGUAGGUGCCUGGUUAGCCAAAGGCAACGCGAUUAA